CUGCGUAUUAACACAGAAGACAGCAGCAAGAAGUUCGCGUUCAAACGUCUCAACAAAUCGAAUACAAAAAGGAUUAACGAAACCAGGAGCGGUUUAUUUCGAUUUAUAUAAGUGAUUAUUUCCAAAACGGACAACUAUUUUAUUCACCCGGGCUACUUGUAUUGAAGAGAAGAUGUUGAAAGUUUACCUCAUGUUGGUUUUGUCGGCGGCUGCUGCUGUUUUCGCUGAAUCGGUACGAGAAACUGAAACUUGGGUACCUCUGAAAAACGAGGCGCCCCUUGAGGAUCUGGAGUCCUCCGGCAGCUCAGCUAAUGAAGACUUCGAGUUCACCGACUUAAACCAGACUGACGAUGAGGAUGGCUUCGAUGAAGAUGAUGAAGACGAUUACGAUGACAUGUCCGGCUCUGGGUUUGCAGAUGUGAUCGAAGAUUUUGAGAAUGAAUUAUUGAAUAACCAGAUCCCUGAUGCUAAGGGUCCGUUUGCACCAGAGCCAACUGUUGAUGAGAAGGUUCUGGUUGAAAACAAUGAAGUUUUCUUGCGUGGAGCACCAAACCAAGACUUGGACAUUCACAGCAAUGUGCUCAUGACUCACGCUGGAGAUGAUAGCUUGUUCAACAACACAGAGGUGCUUGCAGCUGUUAUUGCGGGCGGAGCAGUUGGUCUGGUUUUCGCCAUCCUCCUCAUCGUCCUCCUCGUUCACUUCGUUCUCCGCAUCAAGAAGAAAGACGAAGGAAGUUACGACCUGGGAAAGACGCCCAUCUACAAAAAAGCUCCAACCACAGAAAUCUACGCAUGAGCAUCCGCACCCUCGCACACCUUCUCUCUAUCUUCGAACUAUAAGCUCACACAGUGCCUCGGCUGGACGGUCGCCGCCAACCUCUCAUGUAACACCAAAACUGCCGGAGGACCUCACACCAAAACUUCACUCUGACUGGACAUUUGCAUCCAAACAUUAAAGUGACUCGGAGGGAUAAGCGUCUGUUGCCAAACCGCUCCACUCAGAAGAUAUUGGUGUCUUUAUGCUCUCGCACCCGCCCUUCAAGUUUAUUGCCUUUUCAUCACGCGGCUCAUUGUGUCCAAUUUUUCUUUUCUUUUUAUUUUAACGAAACACUAAAUGGUGCAAUGGAGCCUUCACAGAUUAAAGGCUGAGGAUUUACCGUUUUAACCACCCGUUAAAUAAACAGUCACGAUUGGUGCUACAGAGGAGGUGGUUACUGUAGCCUUUCACGUUAUCAUCACAUGUCUUUGUUUUUAAAUCUGUGUGCUGUAAAACAUUUUUUAAUUUGCAUAUUAAAAACAGAGGUGAAACCAAAUUAAGGGCAUGCAGUAUGUGUACGAAACUAAAUUCACAACCUGAAGUCAUUGUACUAGAUUUUAACGUGCGCUCAUUUCAACCAUGGUGUUAUGGUACAUUCCGCAUGUCUGUAUGUCAUUGCUGUGGUGGUUUUUAUAUGGGAGAAUAGAUCCACUACGGUCACCUAAGCUACUUUAACAGGUACAGAUGUUGUUGAUUUGAGAAUCAGUUCACUGCAAACAGACUUUGUGCAUCCAGGGAUCUGUAUAUAGCCAUUGAAUAAAAUGUAAAACUUUGGUACUUAGCCAUUUCUUGACAGCCUUUUAUUUACCAAAUAUUUAAAUGCCAAAAUCAGUUUUUACUGUUCCUAUAUCUCAUCCCGGUAUUCGCUUUUGCUGUAAAAGCUGUAUGUGAAACGCAGAUGCUUUGCAUCUUUAUCUUUUGGAAACAUUACGAAAAUGUUUUGUUGGAGAAUGAUGACCAAUGCUAGUACUAACUAUUUUUUUUCCCCAGUGUUUUUGUAGAUGUCCUUAAUUCCUUUAUUAUUUUUUUUGGUAUUAAUUUAACUGUCAUAUUUUAUUGCCUGCCUUCAGGUCGGGGGUCUUUCUCCCCCAUCUCAGCUGUUGUAUAUGUGAUAAUUAUUUUAUUUUUUGGUUUUAUUUUUUAGAUUUGUUUUAUAUACAGUAGUGCAAGAAUUCAAAGGCAGUUAGUCCUUCAACAGAUUUGUUUUUUAAGAGUUUCUAUUUCUUUUAGACUUUUUAAGCUGAAUCUAUUUAUGUUUUGUAGAAGGAUGUUCUGGAUUAGUUAAGGGGAUCGUGAAUGAGCUGUGCAUUAGCAUGGCAUAAAAUGAGAGAGAAAUUCUGCUGCUUUGUUUGGUCACAUCCAGAUUAAAAAGAAGAAAAAAAAUCACUGAUCUAAUGUUGAAGUCAAUGAAUCAUUGAUUUCUGCAUGGAGGUUCUGAUCUGUUGAAAAUAAAGCUAUUUUAUGCACAUAACCA